AUGGCAGGGCGAUAUCCACACUCCUUGAAGUCACAUCUACCAUGGAUUGGCUCCUCCGUAGCAACUCUGCUCGUCUCAGCGCUGAUACUGGUUCUCGCGAUCAGCCUCGAACCUAUCGAUGCUCGAUGUGUACGCCAGAGCUUUUCGUGGUCUCCAGCGCUGGAUGCCAUCAAGUACCGCUACGAAACCUUCGCCAACAUCGAUUUCUUCACCGAAUCGCCAUAUUUCGGUCUCGUACCUACCCAGGAGAUUGAGGAUGCUUGGGGCGGAAUACUUCCAAAGCAUCCCAUCUCCAUUCCAACGUCCAAGCUAGAAGCGUUGGGCCAGUCUCUCGAUUCUGACGACCCGGAUUGGAUUCGUGAUCCCCACAACCCAGACGCGGUGCUCGCGAUUCCAGAGUAUGCUGCCCAACUAGGCUGCCUCAACUUUCUCCGGCAAUGGUCCUACAGUCCCCAGAGGGAUUUUAGAUAUCUCGCAAGCCAUUUGGGCAGCAAAGAUCUCAUCUGGAGAAGAACGCACCAGUGUCUUGAGAGAUUGCGUCAAGCUGUGAUGUGCUGGGCGGAUACAGGUGUUCUGAUCAAAUACUUCCCCGAAAAUCCAGAACCAGGCCAAGGGCUCAUGUUUGAUCUGGGAACAUAUCACUAUUGCCGAGAUUUCGACAGAAUCCAGGACUGGACGGAGGAACAUGCAGUCGAGCACGUCACAAUGGACAAUCUCUGGUGGAGUGGAGAUGAAGACACUAACUGCAAGGUCUACGGUUUGUGUUUUGAUUAG